AUGUCCAUCUUGCCCAUACAGACUCAAGGUUCCGCUUCGUCUUCUUCGUUCGAAUCUCCUGCUCUAACCUCCGAUCCUGAUUAUGGCGCCAUCCUUUCUCCCGCUCAACUAUCUCCCGCCUCUCAUCCUCCUCCCUCCCGCCAAUUUCGAUCCAUGCAUCACUCUCCGAACUCCUCCGUCUCAGGGACGUUGGGGUUGGAUGGAGAAGAGGUUGUCAGUGGAUCUUCCCAAGAGGUUACUCAAUCAGUGACACCAAUUGCCAAUGCAAUUUUGUCCCACCAUAAUGGAGAGAGUGGUGGCUCCUCCACCUCUGGCUCUCGAGCAGUUGGCUCCAGGCAAUCUAGAGGGAGAGUGUCAGGAAAUGGUGCACCUCUUCAGAGUGAAAGGAAUAAUCUUUCAACUAACUCUCAAGGUGGAAGUUCACAUUCUUCUGGGAGGAGAACCCAGAUGACGAAUGCUAACCAUCUCCUCAACUUCCAUUAUGAUCCUAUAACGCGGUCUCAGCCAAGGAUGGCUCCUCCAAGACGGCAUCAUCAGAAGAUCAAGCCUUACAAUAAGGAUUUGUUCCUUCAGGCUAAUUUCAAGUUUGUUGUGCUGGAUACUGGGGACAGCUCUCCUGAAGCUUUGGAUCCCGAUAAAAAUCUUAGAUGGGAGGAUAUUUUAUGUGUCAGGUACUCCACUUCAGUACCACUGCAGUGUCCGGUAUGUUUGGAGCAACCCUUGUGCCCCCAAAUAACUUCCUGUGGCCAUAUCUUUUGCUUCCCUUGCAUUGUUCGAUAUUUGCUUAUGGGUGAAGAGGUUUUCAAGGGAGAUUGCUACAAGCGGUGCCCUUUAUGUUUUAUGAUGGUAUCUCCAAAGGAUUUGUACACUUUGUCUGUUGAGAAUGUUAAGCAGUACAGUGUUGGCGAGACUAUAGAGUUCAUGCUACUUAUUAGGCAGAAGGAUUCGUUCACUCCUUCACAGAGGAAUAAGCAGGAAUCAGAUUCAACAUUGAGAUGCAAUGAUGAUGCCUGUGAUCCAUUCUCAAAAUUUAUAUUUACGUUGGAUGUAGAACUUUCCGUGAGAAAACCAAUUUCAGAGUUGGAUGAUUGGUUAGCUAGAGCUGAUUCGGGACUUGUGGAUGAUUUGGAGAAGCUUCCCUAUGUUUGUGCUGCAAAGGAGCAAUUAGAGCAGAGGAAGAAUUAUUGGAUUGAGUUGCGGGCAUGUGAUAGCAAUACCACGCAUAAGCAGGCUUGUAAUCAGAAAGGAUCUUUGAUUGGCACUAGUGCUCAUCAUGUAGUCUCUAGUACCAGGUAUUCUUCAACUACUGUUGAUGUCAUUGAUCAGGCUAAUUUGUUGGAUAGCAUCAAGCUGGAUUCCACCGAGUCACAUGAAGAACAAGAUGUCGUUUUAUCAUCUUCAUAUGGUGAUAAAAAGUGCCUACGCGAGCCACCAAAUGGCUCUAGAGAUAGGGAUAAAGGCUCAUACAACUUUUACCAGGCAGUUGAUGGUCAACACUUCAUACUCCAUCCUUUCAACAUGAAGUGUCUUCUUCGUCAUUAUGGGAGCUAUGAGAUGCUUCCUGACAGAAUAAAUGGGAAAAUCCUGCAGUUGGAACCUAUGACCCAAACAGAGGCUAUGAGAAGACGUUAUCGUUACUUGAGUCAUUUUUCUUUGACGACAACUGUCCAGUUGUGUGAAAUUGAUAUGAGUGAGAUACUACCGCCUGAUGCCCUACUUCCUUUUAUGGACGAAAUAAAGAAGAGGGAGCAGCAACGGAAGCAACAAGCUGACAGAGAACGGAAGGAAAAGGUGAAGGCUGAAGCUGCUAUUGGUGCAUAUGAUAUACCUUUUGUACCUAGGCACGAGACAUCAUCUUAUGACGUUUCCCCUACAUUCUCCAUGGAUGAUUUUGAAGCCUUGGGGAAUUCCAGUUCGAUGUCAUCAAGCCCUUCCAUGGCUGGAGAUAAGCUUCUCUUCUCCAAUGUUACGCGGCUCGGUUAUGCUGCUGGUUACGGUUCUCCAGGCUUGAGAAUCGAGGAAGCUAGGGCAUCCCAGGCUAAUAGUCACAUGAAAGAACCGGCUCACGAGGGAGGUUCUGGCACAGGAACUGGCACAAGAAACCAGGGGACGCCAUCUUUUGCCAAUGUAAUAUCGAGGGAAAGGACUGGAGAGGCCCCCAAGAGCAACGAGGGUGCAGGUAAGAAAGGGAAGAAGGCGAGCCGGGUUCUUCUGUCGACGGCAGGUGGACGACGCUACUGA